AUGGAGAGCGUCGAGUCGACAGAAGACGGAAUCAGCCCCUGGGAUCUGUUUGGAAUAGGUCGCGAUGUGAAAGUGACUUGUAGGGAAUGCGGUGCCAGCGAAGAAGAUGACGAGAGGCACGGCAUGGGCUUGGGGUUUGAUUUUUCCAUCAGGUCCUUGCCACGAGGAAACCAUCUUGAAGACUAUCUCAGAGAAUACCUUCGGACUGAGAGGAGAUCGAGAUGCAAUUCUUUCCAAUGUAGGUCAAGGUACGGAAUGAGAGGUGAGGGCCCAAUCCACGAUGUCAAAUGCACGUUCACGGAGCUGCCAGAGGUUCUUGUCGUCAGACUCCAGCGCUUUCGCCAUGACAGGACUCCGAGAGGCAAAUGGGUCUUGAGAAAGGAGGAGCGUGAAGUUCCCUUUGGCGAAUAUCUUAAUCUUGGCCGUUAUACGCCAGAGGGCUUUGACGAGAUGUACAGGCUGGACGGCGUGGUUGGUCACAGAGGUGAUCGGCCUGACGGGGGCCACUAUAUUGCUGUCGUGCGCACGGCCGACGGGUUCGACUAUGAUACGGUCAACGACAAUAACGCCAUCGAACACCGCUCUGACGGAGACAUCAAGGCGAUGCUCAGCCCGAAGAGUCGGAGCAAUAGGUUUCUGCCAUACGUACUCAUCUACAGCAAGAUGCAGGAGGAUUAG